GCCAGAAGACACCAAACACGCUGCUAGGAGCCGAACCACCACCAUGCUUCUGCUUGACUACCAAAACGUUCUCAUCGAGUCUCUCCUAAGAGACCGCGUCAAUGGAGGAGCCACAGCCAACAUUGACCAGGUUGUGUCCGACUUUGACGGCGUCACCUUCCACAUUUCGACUCCAGAGAGCAAGACCAAGAUUCUCGUCUCUAUCCACGUCAAGUGCUUCAAGGAAUUAGUCCAGUAUGGCGCGCAGGCAGUGCUGGAACGCGAAUACGGCCCGUACAUUGUGGAACCCGAGGCUUCGUACGAUUUCUCCGUCCAGGUAGACUUGGAGAACCUGCCGGAAGAUCAGGACGCCAAAGAUGACCUGGUCCGACGCAUAUCCCUCCUGAAGCGAAAUGCCAUGGCUGCACCCUUCGAGCAGGCUUUCGACGAGUUCCACGAGCUGCAAGAAGAAGCUUCCAAGUACACAUCCGAGUCGGCGCCACAGGGUGUGGCAGAAGGCGGCAAUGUCCGUGCAAUUCACUACCGAGAAGAGGAAGCCAUAUACGUCAAGGCCAGCCACGACCGUGUCACCGUCAUCUUCUCGACAGUCUUUAGGGAAGAGACAGACAGGAUAUUCGGCAAGGUCUUCCUCCAGGAGUUUGUCGACGCUAGACGGAGAGCUAUUCAAAAUGCACCACAGGUGCUGUUCAGGAACGACCCACCUCUGGAACUGCAGGGUAUUCCAGGAGUUGAUACAUCCGGUUCUGCUGACAUCGGUUACAUUACCUUUGUUCUUUUCCCUCGCCAUCUUGCAAAGCAACGACGAGAUGAGGUCAUCUCACACAUCCAGACUUUCCGCGACUACUUCCACUACCAUAUCAAGGCUUCAAAGGCCUUCAUUCACACACGAAUGCGCAAGCGGACCGCCGACUUCCUCCAAGUCCUUCGCAGAGCUCGACCCGAAGUUGAGGAGAAAGAACGCAAGACUGCUAGCGGUCGUACAUUCAGAGUCCAGGCAUAAAUGUUAUCGAUUAAACCAGGAACCAUGCAGAUAUAACAUGGAAUGGGCGAUGCAAAAUCUCGCACGGCUACAUAGUACUUUCCGAAUCAGGCGCACAGGUUCAUUUGUCACAGUACAAGCAUUAAGAUGAAGUGGACAAUGUAGAUAGU